AUGAAAGAGGAAGAGGCCGAAGCCGAAAUGGCGGCGGCGCUUCAGGCUCAAAUCCGAAGCCUGGAGCAAGCGGAGCUGUCCCAGAUGCGGCAAGGUGCGCAGCUCCAGCUUCGCCUCGAAGCAGCGCAGCGGCAGCUGCAAGAGUUGGCAGAAGGCGCCGAGGCUCAGCGGCAAGCGCAGGUGGAGCAUCUUCAAGCUGAAGAAGCCCAGGCCGCGCGCAGGUUGCAAGGCGAGCUCCAGCUACAGCUGGAGGCUCUCCUUCGCCGAGAAAAGGAGGCAGAGGCGCUGCAGCGCAAGGAGGCAGCACGCACCCAGCGGCUGGAUGAGGAGGUGCGUUACUGGAAGAACUGCGGGCUGAUCCUGCGGCGGAAGCAAGCCGGUGACCUGGAAGUGCCACGAGAGUCCGAGGCAGGGCCGCAGGUAGCGAUGGAGAUUGAGGCGCUCCGGGCGCAAGCCAAAGAGCUUCGAGUCCAGAUCAAGGAGAUGGAACGCCUGGCAGCGUCGGGGCGUGCGCAGGAGGUGGACUUGAUCGCCAAGAACCAAACUAUGGCGCACAGCAUCAGCAUGGCCGAAGCUGCAGCCAAAGCAUCCCGCGAGAAGGCGACGAGCCUCCGGGCGGAGCUGCAACAGGCUAAGUCGUCGGAAGAAUUGCCUCAAAUCUCGGAUUCUUUGAGACCUGAAGAGGUGGAGGAAGGACUCGGCGUGGAAGAAGUGGAGUACUGGAGGCGGAAGGUGGAGGAGAAGAAGGCGGAGGCAGGGCACACAACACAGACUAUUGCAGGAGACGCUGCAAAGGUCUCUGGUGCAGUGUAG